AUGGGGAACGACCAUCCAAAUAGGGUGUUAAUAAACAAACAAAUGUUGCUGGAAAACAAUCAAACAGAAGGCAACAAAUACAAGGAGAGUAAUCCUGGAAGUGAUAUCAUCCUCAAGGUUUCAAAAGCUACACUUGCGGAAGGCAAAAGAAGAUUUUUGAGGAUGUACAUUUGUUUUGAUGCUCUGAAGAAGGGGUUUAGGGCAGGACUGAGACCCUUUAUUGACUUGGAUGGGACCUUUUUGAAAGGUAAAGCCAAAGGUAAAAUGUUAACUGUUGUUGCUCAAGACUCAAUGAACCACUUUUAUCCCAUUGCUUGGGCUGUUGUGGACAAAGAAACCAAAGCUACUUGGCUUUGGUUCUUGGAAUUGCUCGAGAAAUCUCUGAACCUCAACAAUGGAGAAGGGAUAACAUUAAUCUCAGACAUGCAAAAGGGACUAAUUGAAGCAAUCCAACAAGCUCUACCUGCUGCUUUGCACAGCACCUAUAAAGAGGAGUUGGAUGGUCAUCUGAAGACAUUGGGUGAUUUGUCAGAAGAAGCCAAAGACCACUUGUUGGACUACCAAAUAGAAACUUGGUGUAGGACUUUCUUUGACACAGUUGCAAGAACCAGAAAGUGGAAAAUAAUUUGGUUGAAUCAUUCUAACUCCUGGAUAUUGGUACCUAGACACAAAGGUAUCAUUGGGAUGCUUGAGGAAAUAAGAAUAAAGGUGAUGGAGAUGGUGAGCAACAAUGAAGAAGAGGUGUUGACUUGGGCUACUGAAUGGAGUCCAGAAUCUAUAGAAAUGUACAAUGAAUUUCAGAAGAUUGCUAAUAGGUGUACUUUACAUUUCAAUGGUGAUUAUGGGUUUGAGGGGAGUGAAGAGAAUGACAAGCACAUUGUCAAUUCGUCUAAUAAGAAGUGCACUUGCAGGGUGUGGGACCUCACUAGAAUCCCAUUGUAA